CGAAUUUAGUACACAUCCGGGAACUUUUGGCAUACUAACUAUAUCCAUAUUAUGACCAAUAAGCAUACGAUAUACUCACGUCACAAAUAGUACGAUUAGUAUGAGUAUUCGAACACACCUCAGUAAAAUUAUACGAAAUGUUUUUGAUUUAGCUAGCUAUGUCUUUGCACCUUUAGAAUAGUUACCGUAAUAACACAGACAACAAUUAUGGUAUUAUGGACAAUUACGUCGGUAUGAAGGGGCAAUGGUAGAAUACCGUUGUUGGUGAGCCAGCCUGUGUCAAUGGACGAGAGGACUUGAACUAAGACAGUACAAUAUGGUUUAGAAACUCUGCUUGAAAUGUGUGGCUAACAGACCUCUGAGUUAAUUAGCUACUCCGGGCAGCUAACGUUAGAUAGCUUGCACUACAACCCACACUUCAAGAAUUACGGCUCAAGUUAAACUUUUGUAUAACCUAGCUAGCUGCUUCCGGUGCCACCAGACCAGAGUGACCCUGCUGUCCUCAACAUGGUGUCGUCCAGGCUGAAGUACCUGUCUCUGUGGGUGCUGGUGUUCCAGACCACCUUCCUGGUGCUGACCAUGCGCUACUCCCGCACACUACAGGGGGAUGGCCCCCGCUACCUGGCCUCCUCUGCUGUGGUGGUGGCUGAGCUCAUGAAGAUCAUCACCUGUGUGCUGCUCAUAUUCAAGGAGCACAGCUACAAUGUUCGGGCUCUGAACAGUAUUCUGAGGCAAGAGAUCACUCACAAGCCGAAAGAGACCCUGAAGCUGGCCAUUCCUUCUGGGAUCUACACCCUACAAAACAACCUGCUCUAUGUGGCUCUGUCCAACCUGGACGCUGCCACCUACCAGGUGACGUACCAGCUGAAGAUCCUCACCACAGCCCUGUUCUCAGUGUCCAUGCUGGGCCGGAGGCUGGGUGUGUACCAGUGGCUCUCCCUGCUCAUCCUCAUGGCUGGGGUGGCACUUGUGCAGUGGCCCUCUGAAUCCCUCGGGGCCCCUGAGAAGGAGCAGAUGUCUGAAGGGUCCCAGUUUGUGGGUAUGGUGGCGGUGCUGGUGGCCUGCUGCUCCAGUGGCUUCGCUGGGGUUUAUUUUGAGAAGAUCCUCAAAGAGACCAAACAGAGCGUCUGGGUCCGCAACAUCCAACUGGGAAUUUUUGGCCUGGUGUUUGGUCUGAUGGGGAUGUUUGCAUACGAUGGGGAGAGAGUCCGAGAAUCUGGGAUGUUCAAGGGAUACAACACAAUCACCUGGACAGUGGUGGCUCUGCAGGCACUAGGAGGGCUGGUUAUAGCAGCUGUCAUCAAGUAUGCAGACAACAUCCUGAAGGGCUUUGCCACGUCACUCUCCAUCAUCCUGUCAACACUCAUAUCCUACUUCUGGCUUGAGGACUUUGAACCCACAAGUGUGUUCUUCCUUGGUGCAGUACUGGUCAUCGUGGCCACCUUCCUGUAUGGCUACGAGGAUAAGCCAUCCCCCAACCCCAGCCGUGCCUAGAGGACAUCACCGAGGACCGAAGGGGAUGUCAGGGAAGAGAAAAGAAGAGGAGAAGAAAACAGUGGAGCAGAAGAGAGAAAAGAGGAGCGAAGGACACUAGCCUAGAGGCAUUGUUGACAUGGGCCUCAGACACUGUGGCUGUGUUUUCACAGGCAGCCCAAUUCUGAUAUUUGUUCCACUAAUUGGUCUUUUGACCAAUCACAUCAGAUCUUUUUCAGAGCUGAUCUGAUUGGUCAAAAGACCAAUUAGUGAAAAAAAUAUCAGAUUUGGGCUGCCUGUGAAAACGCGGCUAUAUGUAAACGCCGGUACGAUGCCUGUGUAAACGCAGCCCAAUAAGUUCCUCGACUAAAAAGUGUGAUCAGGAAGUUGCCACCACAGAGAAAUAGACCCAUGAGUCAUGACCAAGCUCAGCAGUGUACUGGACACACCUGCCAGGCAGGUUAUUGCACUGGGUCAAAACUGGUUGGGUAGGGUCCCCUGUCUUUAUAUUAUUGUCAUCUUAAUAAUGAAGAUGAUGGAUAAAACAAAGACACAGGCAGGGAAGUUUUCUGACUUGUGCAUUUCCCUGAAGGCCAUAAUGUUCACUCAUGACUUGUGACAAUAGUCCGGAUGUGUUGGACUCCACAGACAUACUGAUGAACUAUGUUACUGCUUCACUGCUGUAGACCUCUGUACUUUUCCACGCAUUGGUGUAAUGUGAUGUGUGUGUUAUUUGGGGAAGAGGGGAAGGUUGACUUUAUUACUGUAUUUACCAAUCAUUAGGAACACAAAGUCCAUAAAGGAAAUGUUUCCUACGUCAAAGACGAGUGUAUCAUUCUAUUUCACGACUCUGUUGUCGUAACAUUGUGCGUCAUAUAAUGCUCCCUUGUAGAAGUUUUACAAGUGCUCUGAGCCAUGAUAUGAACACACAAAGUCAAAUGGAUGCACUCCCUAUUGUUUUUGCCACUAAUACAUUUUCUGAUUGAGUGCGUAUUGUGCAUGAGACCCCCUGUAACACAUACACCCAUGAACUGUCAAUGUGCAACUGAGGGGGGAAAUGAUUACGUUUGCAGAGGGAUUUAAAUAGGUUCGAUAAAAAAGACACAUUUUACUUGAAUCAUUUUAUUGAAUUAAAAACACUGCUUGCAUGCAAAAGCUCCCACCCAUCCAUUCUGAAACCCUGUAAAGUACCACCCCAUGUUGUCCCAUUACAUCCUCCAGUCCGAGUCAUUCUGUUCUCAGGCACAUCUGUUACUGUGAGUGACUGGCUCUCAAUGGACGUUUGUCACCAUACAGUGGCCACCAUAUACGGUAUGUGAUAUGACCUCCAAUCUAAACAAAUGGUUUGUAACAUCCCACUCGUCCCUCUUAUGAUAAUGACUUGGGUGUAGUCACAGAGGGGAUGUGUGCAUAAGUGUGUGUCUGCAUGUGUGUUUAGUCACAGAGGGGAUGUGUGUGUCUGCAUGUGUGUUUAGUCACAGAGGGGAUGUGUGUGUCAGUGUAAAGGCUAGUAUGGUUUGCACCUCAGUAAUGAGCAGCAUGAGGAGUUCAUAUUGUUUGCAUUCCCCUGUUCAGACGUUGCAUGCAUCAACCAAUGGUUGCGUGCCACGUCAUUAACUGUGUCAUCGACUGACAAGAUUGCUAUAACGUAGGGAGCGUCCCUCUGCCCUGGCGUUGCUGACGCCUGCCAGAACUUACGUUUAGAUAGGUAUUUUACGUAUCAGCUAACCAUAUACUGUAUGUUAUGGCAAUCUGUCAGUCGAUGACACAGUUGAUGAUGUGGCAUGC